CUCUUAACGUCGCAACACGGCAGCACGCAACGGAGAAAUUAAAUAACCACAAAGCCUGAGAUACCAACCAGCGCGAAAGUGAGUGCAAAAAUACCAACAUUUACGCGGAAAAAAUACUUCAAACCAUAAUCGAUUAGCUCUGCAAAUUGCAAGCUUGAGUGCGCGAUCAGAGUGCGUGUGUGUGUGAGAGAGCGAAAGAGAGUGCAAAGGAAGAUCAGCGAAAAAGUGAGACUCAAAGUGGAAGCUAACGGAAUACGGAUGCUCAAAUAAACUUGAGAAAAUGUGCAAUUACUUGUAAAACAAAAACAGAACAAAAAGCAUUUAGAAAACCUUUAAGGAUUAAGUCAACCAUACAGCUGGAGGACUCGUGACAUCACAGCCGGUCCAGAGCAAGAACAACAAUUGCGUUUAACCUCAAAUUAAGAGAGGUCCAGUCGCCAAAAUGGUUUCACACUACUACAAUACACUGCCCUACACGCAAAAGCAUAGUGCCGCCAAUCUGGCCUAUGCCUCCGCCGCCGGCCAGCCCUGGAACUGGACGCCCAACUAUCACACGCCGCCGAAUCAUCAGUUCCUGGGUGAUGUGGACUCCUCGCAUGCGGCCCAUCAUGCCGCCGCUGCCCAUCAGAUGUACUACAACUCCCAUCACAUGUUCCACUCGGCGGCAGCGGCCGGGGAUUGGCAUUCACCCGCCUCCAGCUCGGCGGCGGCGGACAAUUUCGUCCAGAAUGUACCCGCAUCGGCACACCAACUGAUGCAGCAGCAUCAUGCCCAUGUGGGAGGCGGUCUGGCCAGUGCCGGAUCCAGCAGUUCCGCCAGCUCGGGCAGCAGUUCCGCCGGUGGACCGGGACCCACUGUGGGUGGCACGCAGCUGAACGAGACGAACAGCAGUCUGGGCGCCGAGGCACCGCCCAAUCACUCCCAGCAGCAGCACCAGCAGCACAUAGCCGAAGGACUGCCAUCGCCACCGAUUACCGUUUCGGGCAGUGAGAUCUCCAGUCCUGGUGCACCCACAUCGGCCUCGUCGCCGCAUCACCAUCUUGGCCACCAUCUGAGUGGUCCUUCUGGCAACAACAACAACAGUCCAUCCACCCACAACAACAACAACAGUGUCUCUGUAAAUAACAACAACAAUCGGACAUCGCCACAGAAACCGCAGUACUACGAAUGGAUGAAGAAGCCCGCAUAUCCAGCGCAACCCCAACCCGGCAAAACCCGCACCAAGGACAAAUAUCGCGUGGUCUACACCGAUUUCCAGCGCCUGGAGUUGGAGAAGGAGUACUGCACUUCCCGUUACAUCACCAUCCGCCGCAAGAGCGAACUGGCCCAAACCCUAUCCCUGUCCGAGCGUCAGGUGAAGAUCUGGUUCCAGAACCGUCGCGCCAAGGAGCGGAAACAGAACAAAAAGGGCAGCGACCCCAAUGUGAUGGGCGGGGUUCAGCACACGGACUACAGCCAACUGAUGGACGCCAAGGCGAAACUGGAGCCGGGCCUGCACUUGCCGCACACUCUGCACUCGAUGAAUCCCAUGGCCAUGAACAUACCCGCGAUGCGCCUGCAUCCGCACCUGGCGGCGCACAGUCAUUCGCUUGCAGCUGCAGCGGCGCAUUCCCAUCAGCUCCAGCACAGUGCCCAGAUGUCCGCUGCGGCGGUGGCCGGCGUCGGGGCGCUGUCGAUGUGACAUGAUUAUGAGGGGGCCACUGCUGCGGCGGCCGCUGCCUCUGCUGCCGAUGGACAUCAUCCAAGAGCAGCGACGUCGGCGUCGACAGCAAUGUGCUAUAGCAACAAUAUCAUCCACAACAACAGUUAUAUGGAUCAUCAUCAGGAGCAGCAUCCGCUAAUGGGGGUGGGUGGUGGUGGUGUGAGCGGGCGGGGAGGAGAUGGAGGUGGUGCCUACAGUGCUUCUGCUCUUGCAGUGGAUUUGGCUUAACCCUUACGGUUGCACAGUUAGACUGUUUGUGACCCCAAGAUAAUGGGCGAAUGUGAAUGGGAGAAGGUAGUGUGGCGCAACGAUGCCUUGGAAUAUUGCACGUUGUUAAUUUUUGUGAUUGUAUAUUCCUGGUGUUAUAACGCUGCCCCACGCACACACGCACACAAAAACCCCUCCAUAGCUGCUCUCCAGUUUAGUGUAAAUUUGAUAAACAUACCUUUCCCCCACAAUACGCACUUCUUGUAUGUAUUAUGUUUGUUUUUUGUUCAAAAGUAAUUUAAAGUAAAUGUUUAUCGUCUAAGUUUUAAAUAUCUAUGAAUCUAGUUCUUAAGUUCUUAAGCCCAGGAAAAACAAAUUCACUUUAGCCGUCCCCCCGUUUAAAAAAGAGAGUUAAUGCAGCAAGGGCAAGAAGAGAAAUACUUAACAUAAUUUAGUACAAGAUCGCACAAGAGAUAAACCUGCAACUAAUUAUAAAGAAAACUUGAUUCUUCACCCCGUGUAAAUAUCCAAAUAGAAAAAGUGUUUUAACGUUUAUUACUUUUAUAUCGUAAUAACAAUUAGCUUAUAGUGUAAUCUAAAAUAUACCUACGAGUACUACAUUUAAUGCAUUAUUUGAGCACAAAAGCAAAAUUAAAACAAAAUACAAUAACAUAAAAUAAACAAUCUAAAUAAAUGUAACUUUUUUGCCCACAAACAAA